AUCAUGUUGCAUAUAUCACCACAAGGUCAUCAUCUUCGAUCGUCUCUCUCUCUCUCUCUCUCUCUCUCUGCGCCAUUAUAAACUUUAAAUUUCCAAAAAUUCCCCCAACCAAACCCUAGAUUUUCUCACGCAAAUAUCAAUUAAUUUUCCCGAGAAACUCUUAAUCCAAUCUUAGUUCUCCAAAUUCCUGCUCCGCUCCCACCUUAAAUCUCUCCGAUUAUCACCGACACCGAACCCUAGAUCCCCAAAAGAAUCCAACGCCUAAAACUCCGAAAUUCCCCUCAAAGAUUUCAAUCUGAGGGACAUGGGUAAAAUUUUACGGGAAACCUCGAGACCCUCCUCCUCUCACGCAUCAUCUUCCUCGUCCUCUCCUCAGACGACGACAUCGACGUCUAUCACGGAGACCGUGAACGGGUCUCACCAGUUUAAGAUCACCGGGUACUCUUUGUCUAAAGGUUUAGGUGUAGGGAAAUAUAUGGCUUCCGACGUUUUUAUGGUCGGUGGGUACCGCUGGGCGAUUUACUUUUACCCAGACGGGAAGAGCGUGGAGGACAAUGCCGCGUAUGUUUCGCUUUUUAUUGCGCUGGCCAGCGAGGGUACCGACGUGCGGGCGUUGUUUGAGCUAACGUUGUUGGAUCAGAGCGGGAAAGAAAGGCACAAGGUGCAUAGCCAUUUCGGAAGAACACUUGAGAGCGGGCCUUACACGCUUAAGUAUCGUGGUAGUAUGUGGGGAUACAAGCGAUUCUUUAAAAGGUCUCUUUUAGAGACAUCGGACUAUCUCAAAGAUGAUUGCUUGUCGGUUCACUGCAGUGUUGGUGUUGUCAAGUCACACACAGAGGGGCCGAAGAUCUACUCCAUAUCAGUCCCUCCUUCUAACCUAGGUCAGGAUUUUGGUAAAAUGUUAGAAAGUGGGAAAGGAAUUGAUGUAAGUUUUGAAGUUGAUGGGGAAGUCUUUGCUGCCCACAAAUUGGUCCUUGCUGCGCGGUCACCUGUAUUCAGGGCUCAACUUUUUGGUCCAAUGAAGGAUCAUAAUACUCACUGUAUAAAAGUUGAAGAUGUGGAGCCUCCAGUUUUCAAGGCUUUGCUUCAUUUUUUGUACUGGGAUUCUCUUCCUGAUCUGCAAGAGCUCACUGGUUUGAAUUCAAAGUGGGCUUCUACUUUGAUGUCUCAGCAUCUUCUUGCGGCGGCAGAUAGAUAUGGUCUAGAUAGGCUCAGAUUGCUAUGUGAGGCCAAUCUUUGUGAGGAUGUUGCCAUUAACACUGUGGCCACAACAUUGGCCUUAGCGGAGCAACAUCACUGUUUCCAGCUGAAAACUGUGUGUCUCAAAUUUGUUGCGAUGCCGGAAAAUCUAAGAGCCGUGAUGCAAACAGAUGGUUUCGAGUAUUUAAAAGAAAGUUGCCCUUCUGUCCUGACUGAGCUCUUAGAUUACGUGGCUAGAGUUAGCGAGCACUCUGUAGUCGUAAGCAGAUACGGGAAUGAAGCAAUUCUCGAUGGCAGUGACGCGAAUGGUAGACGGGUGAAGCAACGGCUAUAGUGAGAGCCAUUCUCUGUUGCACUUCCCCUUCUGUAUUCCAAAGAUCUUUAACAAAAAUAUAGAACAGUUUGUUUGUGAUAGAUGUAAAUUUAGUUAAUUGUUGUCUGUGCCUCCCUCCACAAUUGGUUUUUCUUU